GUAGUGACUGACAGUGAGUGAGUGAGCCAACAGUGAUGAACGUUGAUGUAAUAAAUAUGUUACCUGGUUGGUGAUGCAAACUAAAUAUUAGGUCUCUUGCUGUUUUCGUGUUUCAAAGACAGCACGCAGCAGGCUAAAUUUGGCCCAAACGAGCCGGCUUCGCAUAACUUUGACGCACGGAAGGGCGGGGUGCGGAUGAAAAGACUUUUAUACGACAUAGUGGCCGAUACUGACCGCCGGAUCAAAGCGCUAUCCCCGUUACGGGUAAAAGUCGGGUAUCAAAAUCCGCAGUAUGAAAUAGGUUACUUAAACUUCAUCCUAAUAGACAAGUACCGGAAAAUGGUUGACCGGUACAACCACUCGGUGUCCUUCGGCCGCCGGUUGUGGUUAAUGGAACACGUGCUCAACCUGAAAGAAAUACAGCAUUUAUAUUUCGACAUUCAUCACUUCGUCGGAAUGCUCCACGAGAUUGAGAGGAAGUACAAAAUCGUUGAACCAUUGGACAAACUAUUUACGACAACCACAUUGCCUUCUGACGCGACCACCACUACUACCUCGUCGAAACCGGAUGGUACCAGCAAACCAGCCGGAUUGGGGGGGAAAAAGAAGAAACGGACGACCCCCAGCAACAUGAAGGGGUGGCUCCUGUACCUGCAGAACCAGACCCGCAAGAAGAAGUCGACCAGGUGGUGGUGGCCGCUGGAGUACGGCUGGGAGAUCGACUACUGGUGCUACAAUUUUUAUGGUCAAAUGCCUAUAUUUAGGCCUGAACUUAAGUAAUGUCGAGCAAAGAAUCCUGGAGGAUUCAUCAUGGCCGGUGAAAAUGCUACUUUUGAAGGAGUAUUUUGCAGUCUUUUUCUGUUGAAAUCCGAUUCGCGGGCGGACAAGGACAAAAACGAUGAAGGCAGAUGGGACGGGGAGCUCCGCCGCGAGUUGUCAGACUCGGCCUACUUCGCAACCAAAGAAAAAGCGGAAAGCCUAGACUACAAGUUCAACUAUAGCAUAAUGGAAGAAGUCUAUAUCAGGAUGGAGAGAUUUGACAACACCACAUCUCUUCGCCGUAACGAUUACUGGCCGUUCAACGACUGGGGACGGAAUGUCCUCCGACAGUGCAAAUCGAUCACUACCAGCUUUCGAACCGCACUAACAGACUUCCGUCGAUACUUCCCGCUGAGGGUCACGUAUAGUGAGACCCUGGAGUAUGAAGUCGGGUACCUGGCUUACACCAUCAUAAUCAAAUACCAGAACCUGUUGGAGCUGUUCUACAUAAUCCAUGUACGGUACGCGCUACAGAACAAGACGGAUAAAGCUACGACUAGGUUUAUGUUCUACAUGUACCGUAAUAUGUUACACCUGGGUACAAGUAUAGUCCACCUCUGUAACAUGAUGCAUGAGGUGGAAAGGAAAUACAAAGGAUACGUCGGACUCUGGUCGAUCAAUGUAACAUGGAAAAUGAAGAAAAAAAAGAAGAAGAAGAAAUACAACAAAAACGGUCUGUUGACCCUUCAGCAGAAGAUCCGACAGAUUGAGAAGUGGAAGAAGGCUCAGGCCAAAAAGAAACGGCAGCAGCACCAAGCCGGGCAUAUAGUCAUCUAUGUGCCCACCCUGGAGCCCGCCAGGACGAAUUGGCCUCUCAUCUACGGUUGGUCUAUUGAAGAUUUUUGGAUGCAUUAAUGUUUUAAACGAGGAACCAGACAACGUUCUCCACAAAAUAUACAGAAUGCGCUGUACAUUGACUUCGUUUAACGUUCUAAUUGCAUGGUUAACAGACAUCUCUUUUACCUUUAUAUAAAGUAAAUAAUGACCCUUCUUUCUUACUCCUAAGCAUAACACACCUUUCACCCAUUAUUGCGUAUUUAAUCGAAGACGAAAGUCAAAGAGAGACGUCGUAUUUGUUCUCGAAUU